AAGAACAAGACACUGAGGGAAAGUUCUUCAUUUGACAGAUUCAUAGACUGUAAAUAUGUAUCUGCUAAAACUUUUUCUUGCCAUUCUGAUGCUGGCGGCAUUUACUGGAACAGCUUAUGGAUAUUACGACUAUACGAAGUUUGAAUGUAUCUACAGCACCAGUGAUUAUAGUGAUAUGGUGUACCUUGUAUCAUUGUCCUUCAAUAAAUUUGUGGAUAUUAAGUGCAACAGCACAGAGGUGAAGUGUGUAGGGUUCACUGAGCAGGGAGUGAAAUUUGCAGACAAUUUCAACAAAGACAAAGCAUUCCUGCAGAACCUGAAAGCUUCAGUGGACACAUUCUGCAGACAUAAUGCUGAGAUCAUUGACUCAGCUGUACGUGAUAAAGCAGUAAAACCGAAGGUAAUAAUGAAGUCAGUGAAGCAGGCUGAAGGCAGACAUCCAGCUAUGUUGCAGUGCAGUGCAUAUGAAUUCUACCCUAAAAAAAUCAAAAUGUACUGGCUCAGAGACAGUAAAGUGAUAACUUCAGAUGUGACCUCCACCAUGGAGAUGGCUAAUGGUAACUGGUACUAUCAGAUUCACUCUCACCUGGAAUACACCCCUAAAAAUGGAGAGAAGAUCCAGUGUGUGGUGGAGCACGCCAGCUCAACUCAACCUAUUACAAAAGAAUGGAAUCCCCAUAUCUCUGAGUCUGACAGGAAUAAAUUUGCCAUCGGAGCAUCUGGUCUGGUGCUGGGAAUCAUCAUAGCGAUUGCUGGACUCAUUUACUACAAGAAGAAAUCAACAGGGAGGAUCCUGGUACCAAACUGACAGCAGUGAGUCUAAUGUUACCUAAUGACUACUGAAAGAAGACCUGAUUGGACAACUGAUGAUUCUCUAUAACAGAUUUUUUUUAUACAUUCAACGUAUAAUGAUUUGAUUAUUUUUUUCUUUUUAAAAUUAAAUUUAUAAUAAAAAAAGAAAAGCAACAUCAAGCAUACUACAUGACUUGUAUUUAAGAAUCUCCAUGUAAUAUUGAUUGUGAUAAAAUAACAUGCUUUACAGAGAUUAUUUGUAGUUUAUAUUUUUGCUUGAGCUCAAAUAUGGAUAUGAAAAGUGAAUGAUAAUGUAAAAAGGUUUUCAGUAAAUACUUUUAUGCCAGUUUAGUUUAUAUACUAUUCUAAAACUAUUUGAAAUUUUGAUUUAAGUCUGAGCUCAUUCUGCAUAAAUGGUUUAAAAUGUGUCUUUUGCAUAGUAGAGAAUUCAGAUGAAGUACAAGCAUUUAGUCAUGGCUCUUUGCUGCCCCUUACUGGCAGUUUUCUAGUGUGAUUGCUUAAUUUAAUGAUUUUACUAAUACUACUGUUACUUACAGGAAAAACAUCCACAAAGCAUGCAACAUAUUGAGACAUUUUUUAAAUCUGUACAUUUUAGUUAAUAAUAAAUAUAACUUUACAAACUUA